AUGGUCCUACCGCCUCCUGAUAAGCGCCACGUGUGCCUGACCACCAUCGUGAUCAUGACCAGCAUGGCCUUCAUGGACGCGUACCUGGUCGAACAGAACCAGGGACCGCGCAAGAUCGGCGUGUGCAUCAUCGUUUUGGUGGGCGACGUGUGCUUCCUGAUCGUGUUGCGGUACGUGGCGGUGUGGGUGGGCGCGGAGGUCAGGACGGCGCGCAGAGGUUACGCCAUGAUCCUCUGGUUCCUCUACAUCUUCGUGCUGGAGAUCAAGCUCUACUUUGUUUUCCAGAAUUGCAAGGCCGACAGGAAAAGUUUGGAGACGGUGGCACGCAAAGCAUUGACGUUACUGUUAUCGGUGUGCGUGCCGGGUUUGUAUUUGGUUCUCGUGGCGCUGGAUAGCAUGGAGUAUGUGAGGACUUUCAGGAGGAAGGAGGACAUGCGUAGCCGGCUGUUUUGGGUGGCUCUGGACCUGCUGGAUCUGCUAGACAUCCAGGCUAAUUUAUGGGAGCCGCAGCGGACCGGGCUACCCAUUUGGGCUGAAGGUCUUAUGUUCUUCUAUUGCUACAUCCUGCUUCUGAUCCUACCUUGCGUGUCUCUAAGUGAGAUCAGUAUGCAAGGCGAGCACAUGUCCCCACAGAAGAUGAUGCUCUACCCAGUUCUCAGCUUGGUCACGAUAAACGUAGUGACCAUCCUCAUCCGCGGAGUCAACAUGGUUCUUUUCCAGGACAGCCGCGUCUCCACCAUCUUCGUGGGGAAAAACGUAGUAGCCAUCGCAACAAAGGCUUCAACUUUCCUGGAGUACCGGAAGCAGGUGAAGGAAUUCCCCCACCCACAGAACGCGAUGGCCCUAGAGCUGCAACAGAACUCCGUCACUCACCCGCAACCGCUGCCCAACGCCACCAGCCUGCCCCACGAACCAACACCAGCGCAGGACGUUCUAGACACAUGA